ACAAACAACUACAUCACACACACGUAUCACGAGAGAGAAAAGGAAAGAAUAAAUACGCUGGUGUGGGGUGUGUGUGAGCUUAGGAUAGGUGGUUGUGCCUGAACUGAGCCAAAGCGUGGCCGUUUUUCCUUUUCUUUUAUCUUCUUUCUUACCUUCUCUCUCUCUUUACACACCAAAUAAAUCAAAGGUGUUACCCCAUUGCUCUUCCUUACAGCGUAGCCUUGCCUACCCUCAACCUCCUUAGCCUUUUCUCUCUCUAUCUCUCUUUCUUUCCACUUUCUUUUGCUCUUUCACUGUACUUUUUGAGCCACACGUAACCCAUUCAUCAGAGGUGGAAAGAAUGAGUUCAUCCUCCGGUCAGAGCAGUGGCUUUGAUCUCUCUUUCAAGAUCUUGUUGAUCGGAGAUUCUGGGGUGGGAAAAAGUAGCCUACUUGUCAGCUUCAUUUCAAGUUCUGUUGAAGAUCUUACCCCCACCAUUGGUGUUGAUUUUAAGAUCAAAACGCUCACAGUAGGUGGCAAGAGACUGAAAUUAACGAUUUGGGAUACUGCUGGGCAGGAAAGGUUCAGGACUCUAACCAGUUCUUACUAUAGAAAAGCACAAGGAAUCAUUCUCGUUUAUGAUGUGACAAGGAGAGAAACCUUUACAAACCUAUCAGAAGUGUGGUCUAAGGAAGUGAAACUCUACUCAACUAAUCAGGAUUGCGUGAAGAUGCUAGUUGGAAACAAAGUUGAUAGAGAUACUGAAAGGACUGUGAGCAGAGAAGAGGGUUUAGCCCUUGCCAAAGAAUUGGGGUGUUUGCUUCUUGAAUGUAGUGCUAAAACUAGGGAAAAUGUGGAGCAGUGCUUUGAGGAACUUGCUCUAAAGAUAAUGGAAGCUCCCAGUCUUUUGGAAGAAGAUCAACAGCAGUUAAAAGGAGUGUUUUAAAACAGAAGCAAGAGCCCCAAGCGUCCCAAAAUAGUGGUUGUUGCUCUUAAAAACAAUACGUUGUGGAGUGGACAUUGGUCUUAACUAGCACAUCUUGGACAAAUCUUGUAUAUGUAAGCUUCCUCCUUAGUUUCUUACUUCCAUUGUCUUUUGAUUGUUUAAUUAUUUGUAUUACUGGAGUGGGGAAAUUGGCAACAGUGGCACCUGUUAGCUUCUGUAAAUUUGCUUUCCUUUCAAUCACUAUCAUUUGAUUUGCUCAUUAGUCCCAAGUCAAUCCUGAUUCUACAA